AUGGAAGCUAAGCCUCGAGCCUCUUUGCAUGUAGAGCAAGUCAUUUCUCCAGUUAGACUAAUAUGUCAAAAAAUCCAUGCUCCCCAUCCAUUAGGUGUUUUUUAUGGAGAAAACCCUUUGGAUUACUCCUUCAGCCUCGUCUUGUUUGAGAUUAUAUUGAUUGUUUUAAUUUCUCGAGUAGUUCGUUUUAUUCUCAAGCCUCUAAAGCAGCCCAGAAUUGUCUCUGACAUACUCGGUGGUAUAAUAAUUGGACCCUCCGUUCUAGGACAAAGCCCAUCAUUCACUCGCAUAGUAUUCCCAGAAAAUUCUGUGUUUUUGGUGCAGAAUGUUGGAAUCAUGGGUUUUAUGUACUUCCUUUUCUUGGCUGGAGUUAAAAUGGAUCUCACCUUGAUUAGAAAAUCAGGAAAGAAACAUGUUUACAUUGCCAUGAUAGGAAUGAUAGUCCCCGCUGUAUUUGUGGCUAUAGUUGGGGUCAUUCUUCGAUCAUCCUUGGAUAAAGAACUUGCAAGAGUCUCUGGGAUAGGAGCAGUUGCUACAGAUUUGGCUUUCACAUCAUUUCCUGUGAUUUAUCUUGUCCUUAAAGAGCUAAACCUGCUUAGCUCAGAGGUUGGACGGAUGGCAUUGGCAGUAGCAGUAAUAGGUGAUUCACUUGGUAUUUUUGUCAUUAUCGCUUUUGAGGCUAUGAAACAAGGUGAAGUUAGCACUCAGGGUGCAGCAUGGUAUUUCAUUUCCACAGCUGUUAUAGGUGCAUUUUAUGUUCUUCCUGUUCGACGAGUAAUGGUUUGGAUUGUCAAGAAAACCCCGGAAGGCAAACCUGCUGAACAAGCCUUUGUGAUUCUCAUCUUGUUGGGUGUACUUGUGAUGGGAUUCUUCACAGAUAUGUUCGGAUUAGCCAUUGCUAAUGGGUCUUUGUGGUUUGGGCUUGUGGUGCCUGAUGGUCCUCCUUUAGGAGCUACUAUUGUGGAGAGGAGUGAAACCAUAGUGAUGGAAAUUUUGAUGCCUUUUGCAUUUGCCUUCACAGGUUUAUGCACCAAUGUGUUUUCCAUGCCCACUUUUGGCUGGUCGAGAUUGUUACCACUCUUUAUCAUGUUUAUAACUGGAUAUAUCUCAAAAAUUGGUUCAAUUUUGGCGUCUUCUCUCUACUUCAAUAUUCCACUAAAAGAUAGCCUUGCUCUGAGUCUCAUUUUGAACUUGAGAGGCCAACUUGAGAUUUUGAUAUACAUCCAUUGGAUCGACAAAAGGAUAAUUGGAAUCCCAAUGUUCACAAUGGUGGUGAUAUUAACUCUUCUAGUGACUGCCAUAAGCGCUCCUUUCGUCAGCAUACUCUACAACCCAACAAGGCCAUACAUGAUAAACAGAAGAAGAACCAUCCAACACAACCCUCCAGGCAAAGAGCUUCGCACAGUAGUUUGCAUCUAUGAUGAAGAAAAUGUAGCUGGUAUCAUUGAUCUCCUUGAGGUUUCAUAUCCAACUAUUACUAGUCCUUUCACAAUCUAUGCUCUUCAUCUGGUGGAGCUUGUAGGCCGGGCAACUCCAUUGUUUAUAGACCAUGAGGAAUCAGACGAGCCUUUGAAGAAGAAUACAGAACAAGAAACCAUAUACAAUGCCCUGAAAAUUUAUCAAGAAGCAAGACGUGAUUUUGUUAAGCUACAUUUCUUCACGGCUUUGGCAAUAAAGAGAACCAUGUACCAAGACAUCUGCGAGUUAGCUUUGUCGAAUAAAGCUUCUCUUAUCAUUUUGCCAUUUGAAAAGGGAAGGCUAGACACUCUUCCAGGAACUGAAAUUGUGCGUCAUGGACAUGGAAUCAAGUCUAUAAGUUCAAAUGUUAUAGCACAUGCACCUUGUUCUGUUGGAAUUCUUAUUGAUAAAGGUCAUGUUCAUAACCCAUUUAUGUUACACCCCCUUGGACAAUCCACAUACCACAAUUAUGUUAUGUUAUUUUUAGGAGGAGCAGAUGCUCGAGAGGCACUUUCUUAUGCUGAUAGAAUGAUUAUGAAUCCUGAGGUUUCUCUGAUAGUGGUAAGGUUCCUUGCAUACAAUAAUGAAGGAGAUGAUGAAAUAGAGAAGAAGCUUGAUGAUGGGGUAGUGACAUCAUUUUGGGUGAAAAAUGAAAGGAAUGAGAGAGUGAUCUAUAGAGAAAUAGUGGUGAAGAAUGGAGAAGAAACAUUGGCUGCAAUCCAAGCCUUCAAUACUAGUGCUACUGACCUUUGGAUUGUGGGAAGGAAACAAGGGAUAAAUCCUGUGAUCCUUCAAGGAUUGUCAAAUUGGAGUGAAAAUCAUGAACUGGGAACCAUAGGAGAUAUUGUUGCAUCUCAUGAUUUUGGUAGUACAGCUUCUGUGUUAGUAAUACAUCAACAAAUUAUGAGAGGCCAAGGGAUGGCUACAAGUGAAGCAUAAAGAAAUUUUUUUUGUUUUAUCUUUUUAUUUACCACAAGAAAAUUGAUACAUUAAUUGCACUUGUGGCAAAUAUACUUUGGAAGAGAUGGAGAAAAGAAG